AUGUGUUCCAACAAACACCCGCUCUCUCGAGCUCGCAAGACCCAGGCCUUUCUCUCCGUGAUUUCGUGGCCAUGCGCUCUUGCUGCCGUCCCUAUCACUGGUGGUAGUCCUCAAACAUGGAUUCAACUCCUAGCCAUCUCGGUUUCUACCCUCACGCCUGCAUUCAUGCUCUUCAAAUAUCGCAAAUCCAAGAAACAAUGUUAUUCAUCCUUCGAAAUCGCUCUUGAUUUAUUGAUGGCCUUGCUCAUGGCUGGAGUAUACAUUGCCGGAACCAUCAUUCUUGCUUCCAAUGAGAUCAGCACAUGGUUUAAUGGCAGUAACUACAAGCUUUCCCGUGGCAUUCCACAGGUCUACUCCAACCUCUCAUGUGUCCUCCUCACUCUGCUAUAUUUCCACUCCUUUGCUAAAGGGGUCUUCCAUAAAAUCAUCCAGCCGUAUAUGCACAAGACCCGUCGUGUUAAUUACACCAUUUGCCCGACCUGUGACCGAUCUAUGGACGCUACUAUGACCCAGAGUGAGGAUACGGCUGUGACUGCCGGGCAGGGAAGACCCUCUGUCUCGAGUGUUACUCCUCUGGACUUGUAUACUGAUGACCCCGAGCUGUUGCUGCCUGAGAGCUCUUUAAGCGUAUUGGGCAUGCAGACUACUGGUGUCGUAGGCACUAACUAA